AUGACUGGAGCAAACCAUUUGGCUGAACAAGACCAAUUGCUCCGGUGCCGGCAACGUAGCCUUUGGAGAUCAACUUUACCUGUUAAAGAUAUUGCCCAGUUGUUCAAAGUAUACAUAAUUCACUAUAAUUGCCGCGAAGCAGGUUUUAUAGUCGACGAGGCUUGGGUUAUGCCGUACUGGGAUGGACUUCAAUGUAGCGGUGAUGGAGGCAACCUGCCCGAUAACAUCCACGCAUUCGGCCUCACUCAACUGCCCCCAGCAUUCUUCAAUCGUCCUGCCUUUGACGAAUUCUGUGACAAGCAUGCGCUUACAUCCGAAUUAGACACAUCUGGUCUCAAUAUUGAGUACGCGAUGGACUUUGACACGGCAAUUUCUGAGAUCUUGGAAAUGUCGUAG